AUGGGAAGUUCUACCGCACACACCAUACGGCCCGGACCUGGCCCCGAGGAGAAGUGCUACGAUGAUCGUGACCACCUCGAAAGUGACCUUCGGGCUUUCUUCGCCUCCAAGUCGCCGGAAUUCUACGAAAAAGGAAUCCGUGAUCUUGUGAGACGUUGGCAGAAGGUUGUCGAUGUUGAUGGAGAUUACUUCGUCAAAUAA